CUGUGUCUCCCUCCGUAUAUCCGUACCCACCCACUUGCCGACUGAUACGACAUCAUGGGAGCUCAGACGUCCAAGCCUGAUGCUGGCGCCAGUGCUGGUCCUGCCCCUGCUGCCAAGCAGCCAGAGGAGAAGAUCUCUCUGAGCCAGUCCCUCCUGAACAAGAUCACUUCCGAGGCCAAGAUCACAACCGAUGCCGGCACCUCUUCUUCCUCCUCCGAAAAGUCCCCAUCUUCCUCGUCCUCUUCUUCCUCGUCCUCCUCUCCCUCGGACCCCCUCCCCUCAUCUCGCCAGUCCUACCUAGAUUCCUCCGUCCGCUCCGCAAUCUCCUCUGAGCUGGCCCGUCUGCGUAAGCAAGAAGCCGAAGUGACUGCUCAGAUUCAGUCCAAGCUAGAGGCAGAGAAUCUAGCCAUUGAGGAGAAGCACUCUUCCAAGUCCCAACAAUCAAAGAGCACCGAGUCUGAUUCAAAGAGUGGAGCAGGAAGGAGCAGUGAUAGUCUUCGCAAGGAAUUGGAAGAGGUCAAGAGGAAGAUUUCAAGGCAUGAUUCUGGAAGGAAACAGGUGGAGAAUGCACCUGGUGUUAAAGAGGCUAGGAAGAGUGUCAUUGAAUGUUACAAGGAGGUGGGAACUUCGAGGACAUUGGAUUGUUGGAAGGAGGUAAAGGCUUUCACCGAUGCUGUAGAGAAGGCAGAGAGGAACUACAUUGCGUCGCUUAGCGAGUAAGAGAAGAGGGACACGGAUGUUGAAGGGAAUUUCGACCUGUUACAAUUGGUGACUACCCUCACCAGGCGGUAGAACGCUUUCAAUA